UCAAUCGCGUCCAUCCCUUUAAAAAGUAAACGUGCGGUCUCUCCCUAUCUCAAUGUGCGUUUGUUUUCGUCUGGAGUCUCUCUUGAUUGGGAAUUGCUACACUCACGUGUGCUGGCUAAAGGGCGAAGAGACAACAAUAACAGACAGCUCCUCAAAGCCAAGAGCCCCGUGUUUAAAGCUGACUGUAAUGGCUCAGGCACUUUCGGGAGGAUUGACAAAUUAAAAACUCCCCCGAGAUGAAGGGUUGUUGCAGUUGGAGACGAUUUUAGGAAGGGGGUUUUCAGAGGGGGUUAGACAGCAUCGUAUCUCCUCUUCCUUGUCAGGAGAGAGAGAGAGAGAGAGGUUUCAGCUAAACGCAGGUUCAAGUGCAGGAAUCUCCCGAAUCCCUGCCUCCCUCCUUCCCCUCUAUCCAGGAGACUCGAUGGGAAGCACAACCGUGGAUUCCAGUAAGAGGAAAAGCGGGAUGAAGAGGAACAAGAGGCGCAUGUUGCGCCUGAAUAUCCCGGAUCUGAGUUCGUUUGCUAUGCCUUUCCUGGAUGGCGAUGUGGAAACCUCUGAAAAAGAUAUCUCUCAUAAGGGUGAAGACAGCUCCCAUUCCAGCGGUAGCCCUUCCAAAGGAUUCUUCUCCCGAAAUUUUUACAACCGACCCUCCAGCCCGGUCUCUGCUCCAGUGAGAGUGAAGCAGAGCCCUGGUUCUCCAAAAACAGUAUUCCCUUUCCCCCAAGACUCUUCGCCAAGGUCUCCUCGGCGAAUGAGCUUCAGUGGGAUCUUCCGCUCCACCUCGAAGGAUUCCUCCGGCAGUUCCACUUCUACCUCGCCUGUUUCCAUGAAGUUUUUCUCCAGAUCAAGAAAAGCCUCAGGACUCUCUACUCCCUCCACCCCAGUGCAAUCCACCAAACCAGCCUUUCCUCUGGAAUCAUACAAACAGGAACCUGAACGUUUGGAUGCUCGAUCUCGUUCCUACUCUUCACCGCCAGACACAGGCCAGAGAUUCUCUGUUCCAGUAGCCCCUCCUGUGGUGGCAAUCAAGCCACUAGUCCCCCAGACCAGCUCAAAUGCUACCCCGAAACCAGUACAAGGCUCGGUGGAAGGUAUGCUGGAGAAGCUGGAGCUAGAGGAUGAAGCUGAAGAAUCUGACAGUGAUAUUUAUAUGAGGUUUAUGAAAUCCCACAAGUGCUAUGACAUCGUCCCCACCAGCUCAAAGCUUGUUGUAUUUGACACUUCAUUGCAAGUGAAAAAGGCCUUCUUUGCUUUGGUGGCAAAUGGUGUCCGAGCAGCCCCACUUUGGGAAAGUAAGAAACAGAGUUUUGUAGGAAUGUUAACUAUAACAGACUUCAUUAACAUACUGCACAGAUACUACAAAUCACCAAUGGUACAAAUCUAUGAGCUGGAAGAGCACAAGAUUGAAUCAUGGAGAGAGCUUUAUUUACAAGAAACAUUUAAGCCUUUAGUGAACAUAACGCCAGAUGCAAGCCUCUUUGAUGCAGUGUAUUCACUCAUAAAGAAUAAGAUUCACCGGUUGCCAGUCAUCGACCCCAUAAGUGGGAAUGCACUUUAUAUCCUCACUCAUAAACGGAUCCUAAAGUUCCUGCAGCUUUUUGUCUCUGAGAUGCCAAAGCCCGCCUUUAUGAAGAAAACACUGGAGGAACUAGGGAUAGGAACAUACCUUAAUAUUGCCUUUAUCCAUCCAAACACUCCAAUUAUUAAAGCGCUGAGUAUAUUUGUGGAAAGAAGGGUUUCUGCCUUGCCGGUCGUGGAUGAGUCAGGAAAGGUUGUAGAUAUUUAUUCCAAAUUUGAUGUUAUAAAUCUUGCUGCUGAGAAGACAUACAAUAAUCUGGAUAUCACUGUAACCCAGGCACUGCAACACCGCUCACAGUAUUUUGAAGGGGUUGUGAAGUGUCACAGAAUGGAAGCACUGGAGACAACAGUGGACAGAAUAGUCAAAGCUGAGGUUCAUCGGCUCGUAGUAGUUGAUGAAAAGGAAAGUAUUGUGGGAAUCGUGUCAUUGUCCGACAUUCUGCAGGCUCUUGUUCUCACCCCAGCAGGUAUAGAUGCACAAUAUUCCUAAUCUCCUGGACUCUGACCUCUGACCCCUUCCUCUAGGCACUCAGGUUCUUUAAGAAAAGACAGCAUUACAGAAUGACUGAUUACAAUGGGCAUUGAAAGUGCUUGACAAGAACUCUUUGAAGCUUCUUAUUCUGUUCAGGACCAGAUUGAAUGCUGGCUACUACAGAGGAGAGAAGGCACAUGAUUUUGAAAUCAGGAAGCUGAAACAGUUUAAUCAAACACUGUAGCUGGAUCUGAUCAGUACUGGUGACAAUAUCUGACCUAAAUUGGUGAUCUUGCUCACUGAGUAGCUAUGCAGAUACAGCUGUAAUGUUGCAAUUAAGACUUUGACAGAAUUUAUUUUGCAAAAAUAUUAGCAACUGUACCUAAAAGAUAUUUUUAAACUAUGCGUUAAAGCCAGAAUGAUUCAUGUGGCUAUUUAUUUCAAGCAGUUUGUUGGUGGCUUUUCCAAGAGUAGGGUUGGUAACCAGCAAAGUUACUGUGUGAAUUGUCAUGAACGUUUCUAAACUUCAACAUCAGUUUGGACCUGCUGACACACACAUCUAAUUCUCCAGUUCAACACAGUAAGAAAACUGCUAACUGUACUGUACUGUAAAUAGGAAGUUGAGGGAAAACGUGCCAGAGAAAGGUAUAUUUUUUGGUGUAUGCAAAUGUAAAAUUAUGUUUGUACGAUUGCACUUGUAAUUUUUUUGUAAAUUAUAUUGUUUUCAUAUGGCUGCAAGGAUGGGGGAUUGUUUUUGUCCUUGUAAAUGCACAAAGGCAUGAAACUGACACUAUAUAUUGUAGACUUUUUCGUUUGAAAGGUGGGGAAAAGAAAGGGAAUGAUACUUGGCUGUUCUGGAGAUUUAUUGGGGCAUGAGAAGAAACACUUGGUUUUAUGGCAAAACCUCAUUAAAGUAAUAAUGCACUUUAAAAAUGGACAUUCAUUAAUUGUGUAGUGAAUUCACACAAACGUGAUGCAAGUUGAGAUUUGCAUUGGCCUCAGUCCAGCCUUGUAGUUUUGAAGAAUCCCCUGUAGGGGUAAAACUGACGCACAACUUCAAAGUGCUGUGUGGAUCAUUACCUCACAAUAGCUGUUUUUCCAGUGGAAGGGUUCUCCUGCAAAUCUGAUCUUGAUGGGGGAGGUGAGGCUUUAGAUUGAGGUUGCUGCAUUUAAUUACUUGGUUGCCUUUGAAACUUACACUCUCUUUCCUCUUUCCCCAGCUCCAAAAGGGUGACAAAAAAAAAUUAAUCAUUGGUGGUGAUUCAGUAAUGUCAGUGAAUUCUGUAUUUCCACUCUGUAAGGAUUGUGUAAUUAAAACGUGAACGGGUGUAUUUAUGCCAGGAGUGUGCAGUAUCUUUGAAUACUUCACCAAAACUUGAAAAGUGUAAGGAUGUUCUCCUGUAAGCAACUUUCAUCUACAAAUGCUUGGGCAGAGGACCUUUUAGAAGUUUGCUCAUACCAGUCCUAGUUUAAUGUUCCAGCCUUUUGAUCUGGGUCGAUGAAGUUUACAUCACAAUAUUGGAUUUUAAGUGCCAUUAAAAUUAUUCAAUCUAAAAUUGAUGUGAACUGAGUCUAAAUGUAGCGUAUUAAAACAUCUUGUAUCAUAGUUCGAAUGCUGUCCUGCAUUUCUUCAGUGCAUUAUCAUAUGUAUACAGUAUUG